AUGGACAUCUCAUGUAUCUGUUGCUCUUUUCCUUUAGGUUAUGAUGCCUUGAGCUUUUCUGUGGAAAGUAAUGACAAAUGGAGCGGGAGACAGCUACUGCAAGCAAAUGAGAACACGACUGACGUCCCAGAGGAUGGGGGGCAGCCGUAUGUCAGAAAUUGCACUGAACCAGCUCUCCAUGAAUUCCCCAAUGACAUCUUCACGAAUGAGGACAGGAGACACGGAGCUGUGGUCCUGCACGUCCUUUGUGCCGUAUAUAUGUUCUAUGCUUUGGCAAUUGUCUGCGAUGACUUCUUUGUCCCUUCGUUGGAAAAGAUUUGUGAACGCUUGCAUCUUAGCGAAGAUGUGGCUGGGGCAACUUUCAUGGCAGCGGGAAGCUCUGCUCCUGAGUUGUUUACAUCUGUCAUAGGUGUGUUUAUCACAAAAGGAGACGUAGGCGUUGGAACCAUCGUAGGCUCGGCUGUAUUUAACAUUCUCUGUAUUAUUGGCGUGUGUGGGCUUUUUGCAGGACAGGUCGUUGCACUGUCAUCGUGGAGUCUCUUGAGAGAUUCAAUCUACUAUACACUGUCUGUUGUUGCACUCAUUGUGUUUAUUUAUGAUGAAAAAGUCUCCUGGUGGGAGUCCUUAGUCUUAGUGCUGAUGUAUGUCAUCUACAUCGUUAUCAUGAAGUACAACUCAACCAUACAUCACUGCUUUGAAAGGAAGACAAAAAACUCUGCAAAUAUGGUGAAUGGUUUAGCAAGUAACACGGAAAUGGAUGAUAACAGCAACUGCGAUGCCACAGUGGUGUUACUAAAGAAAGGAAAUUUCCACCGUAAAGCCUCAGUGAUCAUGGUGGAUGAGCUGCUGUCUGCCUACCCACACCAGCUUUCAUUUUCUGAGGCUGGGCUCCGGAUCAUGAUAACCAGCCACUUCCCUCCCAAAACACGUCUCUCCAUGGCCAGCCGCAUGUUAAUCAAUGAGAGACAAAGGCUGAUCAACAGCAGGACUUACACCAAUGGUGAGUCAGAAGUAGCAAUCAAAAUACCUAUCAAGCACGUGGUUGAGAAUGGAACGGGCCCCAGCAACUCCACCGAGCGGGGUGUGAAUGGCACACGGCGAGAUGAAGACAUGGCUGAGGCUGGGAAUGAGACAGAGAACGAGAAUGAGGAUAACGAGAACAAUGAAAACGAUGAGGAAGAGGAAGAUGAUGAUGAUGAUGAUGAUGACCAUGAAGGGCCAUACACACCUUUUGACCUACCCACUGGCAAGAUAGAAAUUCUGAAGUGGCUCUUCACAUGGCCAUUGAGUUUUGUCCUGUACUUCACAGUGCCCAAUUGUAACAAACCCCACUUGGAAAAAUGGUUUAUGGUUACCUUUGCUUCCUCUACCCUCUGGAUUGCAGCUUUCUCCUACAUGAUGGUGUGGAUGGUGACAAUCAUUGGCUACACACUGGGAAUUCCAGAUGUGAUCAUGGGCAUCACUUUCUUGGCAGCUGGAACCAGUGUGCCAGACUGCAUGGCAAGCCUUAUUGUGGCAAGGCAAGGUAUGGGAGAUAUGGCUGUGUCCAACUCCAUCGGAAGCAAUGUUUUUGAUAUUUUAAUUGGCCUAGGCCUGCCGUGGGCUUUGCAGACCCUAGCAGUGAAUUAUGGAUCAUAUAUUCGGUUAAACAGCAGAGGACUUAUCUAUUCUGUUGGUCUCCUGCUGGCAUCUGUUUUUGUCACAGUUUUUGGCGUCCACAUGAACAAAUGGAAACUGGAUAAGAAGCUAGGGUGUGUGUGCCUUUCCCUUUACGGCAUCUUCCUGUGUUUCUCCAUCAUGACAGAAUUCAAUGUUUUCACUUUUGUGAACUUGCCAAUGUGCAGGGAUCACUAAUGCAGGUGGCAGACUGUCAGGAGGAACUUCCUUCUUACCUGUGCAAUACAAACCACGGCUGGCAUCUCCUGAAUGCGGUGCACCUCCAAGUCGUGAUGUAUAUCCUGUUCACUGUUCAUAGGACCUGUGGCCCCAUCUAGGUCUGCCCUCUCCCUGACCCCCCACAACCUGGAAAAAUCCUGCAUCGAUGUGAAGAUUAUUUUUUUCAACAUUCAUGUGAUUUCCUAGCUCAGUUUUUGAACAGUGUGACUGGGACUCUAGAUGAACUGGCUGCUAACUGGCGUCAAGCCAGGUAAAACUGGUCUGCUACAAUUCCUUCUUUUUUUAAGUUAUUUGAUGGAAGACUAAUCUAAUUUAUGACUUAAGACUAUAGCUACAAUGCAGAAGAGGGUACAUCAUACAGGGGCUAAUUUCAAGGAGAAUCAUGGGAAUUUUUUUGGUUGGUUUU